AAAAUCGGCGGCCAUGUUGGCAGUCUGUGGCGCGCAGCCCGCGCGAGUCGACGCUUCCCGCCAAAACUUGAAAUACGAACGCGACUUUUCAUAACUUUUUUAAAUCGCGUGUUCACGGCCAGUGUCAAUAUAGUUUUUUUUUUUUAUUAAUGUGCAUCGGAUCUACUUCGCAUGUGAUGUUGUGAAUAAUGUGAAUAACAGUAGUGUUACAAAGUACAAUCGAUAGAUUCUUUGUGUUCUUACAUUUUAUAAGGAUGGGGAACUUUGACAGGACGAGUUGGUUUUAUACGAUAUUUAAAAUGGAAGUCACAACAUGGCUGUCACUACUGUUAGCAGUUUUAGCAUUAGGAACCACAGCAUCAGCCAGCGAGCCUCGCGUGGUGUGUUACUACACGAACUGGUCCGUGUACAGGCCCGGCACAGCCAAGUUCAACCCACAGAACAUCAACCCCUACCUCUGCACACAUCUCAUCUACGCCUUCGGAGGGUUCACCAAGGACAACACGCUCAAACCUUUCGACAAAUACCAGGAUAUUGAGAAAGGUGGUUAUGCCAAAUUCACCGGCCUGAAGACGUACAACAAGAACUUGAAGACGAUGCUGGCUAUCGGCGGCUGGAACGAGGGCUCCACCAGGUUCUCCCCCAUGGUCGGCUCCAGGGAAAGGAGGAAGGAAUUCGUCAGGAACGCUAUCAAGUUCCUCAGACAGAACCGCUUCGACGGCCUGGACCUGGAUUGGGAGUACCCAGCCUUCCGUGACGGAGGGAAACCGAAGGACAGAGAGAACUACGCCAAGCUGGUGAAGGAACUUCGUGAAGAGUUUGACAGAGAAGCAGAGAAGACUGGCAGACCUAGGCUGCUGCUGACCAUGGCUGUACCAGCUGGUAUCGAGUACAUAGAGAAAGGAUUCGAUGUGAAGACGCUUAACCAAUACCUGGACUGGAUGAACCUGCUGUCGUACGACUACCACUCGGCGUUCGAGCCGGCGGUGAACCACCACGCGCCCCUCUACCCGCUCGAGGAGCCCAACGAGUACAGCGUCGAUAACGAACUUAACAUUGACUACACGAUCAAGUUCUACAUAGAGAGUGGAGCCGAUCCAUCGAAGCUGGUCCUCGGUAUACCGACGUACGGUCGCUCCUACACUCUGUUCAACCCUGAUGCUGUGGACAUCGGAGCACCAGCUGACGGCCCUGGAGAACAGGGAGAUGCUACCAGGGAGAAGGGAUAUUUGGCCUACUAUGAGAUCUGUGAAGCCCUCAAACCUAAAGCGAAGAAGCGUCAGACAUCAGAGGAAGAUUCAGAGGAAUAUGACGAUGAAGAUGAAGAGGAGGAACAAUGGACAGUGAUGCACCCCAACCCUGACGCGAUGGGGCCCGUGGCGUACAAGGGCAACCAGUGGGUGGGGUACGAUGAUGUGGACAUCGUCAGGAAGAAGGCUGAAUACGUUGCCGAAAAUGGACUUGGAGGUAUUAUGUUUUGGUCUAUCGACAACGACGACUUCCGCGGCGCGUGCCACGACAAGCCCUACCCACUCAUCGAAGCUGCCAAGGAAUCUUAUUACGCUAAACUUGGAUCUACCGACAACGCCAUCACGGAGAGAGCAUUGACCCGCACCACCACAAGGAGGAGGAACAAGCCGAAGAGCACCACCACCACCACCACCACCACUACCACUACUCCUAAACCUGCUUCCAAGAGCAACCGUCGCAAGCCCAGCACUAGUGUGACUAGCACCACUCCAGCUUGGAACAUCAUCACUCCGGAGCCACCAACCACUCCUGACCCAGGAUCAGACUUCAAGUGUGUCGACGAAGGCUUCUACCCUCACCCCCGUGAUUGUAAGAAGUACUUCUGGUGUCUCGACUCCGGACCUUCCAACCUCGGCAUUGUGGCUCAUCAGUUCACUUGUCCUUCUGGUCUAUACUUCAACAAGGCAGCUGACUCUUGUGACUUUGCCCGCAACGUGCUGUGCAAGAACAAGGACGUUCCCACCAAGGCCCCCACCACUCGAGCCCCCACCACCAAGGCUGUCACCACUACCACCACCACCACCACUACCACCACGACUAGAAAACCCAUCAGACUGAGCACCAAGAGCUCCUCACUCUUCAGAACUACUUCUACGACUACUCCUGAACCUGUGGAAGAAGAAUAUGAAGACGAAUCUGCGGAAGAGCCAACUGACGAGGACGCAGAGGAUCCCAAGGUCAUCAAGGAACUGAUCGAUCUCAUCAAGAAAGUCGGUGGUAUCGAACAGCUGGAGAAGCAACUUGGUUAUGGAGAGACCAGCCAGGCCAGCACGGACGGAGCCAUCACCACCACGCCUUCCCCGUUCAAGAAGAAGCUGUACCAGAAGGUGUUGGAGAGAACUCGUGGCAGGAACAGGUAUACCGGACCGAAUAGCAUCCUAGAAAAUUCUGGACAAAACAGCCGUCGCGGACCACAGAACGCGGGCAUUGAGCCUUCGAACGAUAGAGAUAAACUGAUAAGAAAGGAUCGGCCACAGUACACCACGAUCAAUCGUCAACGAGGCAAGGGUGUAACUGAAGCCACUCCCGUAAGCGAGGAGGCUGAGGAGGAACAAGAAGAAGUGCAGCAGGUCUUCAGAGCCAAGUCUGUGGAGACAGAGACCAGGGUCGGAACUACUGCCAAGCCAUUGCAGUAUGUGAACAUCAGGAGAGCCAGGCCAACCACAUCCGAUACUGCUGAUGAUACUGCUUCAAGGAACGCUCUAUUCGAACGCUCAGAGCCUCUAGUGACGGUAUCUGAUACAUCAAACUCACUGGACAUUAUUAGCGCGAGGCGGGAGAACACUCCUGAAUACGUCACGAUCAGGAGGCAGCGACCGACCACUGAAGAAACUACCACUGUCAAAUACCAAAAUUCCGAAGAGGAAGAAGAAGAACAGCAAGAGACAGCAUUAGAAAGAGAAAUAUCUACACAACCUCAGUACACUUCUAUCGUACGGUCUCGCGGUACAACCCGUCCCGACGAAGAGCAGCCUAGCUCUGAAUCCCCUGUACCUAGAGUACGUCCCACCACCGUAGCUACUGAAGAAACCAGUAGCCCAGACCCAACUACCGUCCUAGCUGUUCAGAUAUCCUCCUUACUUAACUCUCCGAGCACUGAAGUUGAAACUCCCGAGACCGAAUCGCCAGCGCCAACGACUGUAGUUGAAACGACAACGACUACCACCACCACAACGACAACUCCAGCACCACCGAGUCCCAGCACUCGUCGUACUGUGAUCAGACGACGAGGCUCCACCACCACAUCAGCUACUACUGCCGCCCCAUCAAGCACCACCCAGGCUGCAAAGCGCAAUUUCCUUCGCCGCACAAAAGCCACCGCACCUCCAGAGACCACGGAGACGGAAACCAGCACAGAUAAAAUAGAAACCACCACAAACAGGUUCACUAGACGCGGGAACUCCAAAUUCAAAUCGCGAAAAGAAGCCGAACUCGAGAAAAAAGGCGCGACUGCGAAGAAUGAGGUUGAAAAUGCUUCGCGUCGGCCAUCUUUGAACGGCGGCGCGCGGCGUAGUGAGCGCCCGACUCGCAAGUUUGUUCGACUGCGUGGAGGGGCAAACGCAAACGCAUCAGCUGCCACAUCAACCACAACAGCAGCAGCGCCUGUAUCAACACAAGCAUCCACAGUAGUGACCAGGCGUCCAUUCCGCGUCGCCAGCAGACGUCGUAUUGGAGUUCCUACCACUACCACUACCACCACCACUACCACGACCACCACGACCGCCGCUCCCACCACCACCACUACCACUGAAGCUCCAACCGCUGCUGCUCCUCAAGCUGUAACUAAUGCUUAUGAAGAUGAAGAGUCGCUGCAGGAUAUUGGUGAUAUCGAUGCAAUCGAAGACCCAACUCUCGAGCCAAGAGAACCAAAGAAGUCCACCAAAAUCCAAAGACGACCUCUGGUCAAUUUGAGGGAACAAGUGAAGGACCAGAACCCAUCAGCAACGAACGAAGAAGAGAACAAGAGACAGAGUAAGAAGUACAGCGCGACCAUCAAGCAGAACCAGCUGAACGACCUGCUGAAACAGAAGAGUCAGGAGGAGACCACCACGGAGACGAAGACUACUGUUGAAGAUUACAGUCCUGAAACCGCUCUAGCGAUAGCAGCUCACCAACUUAUUACUGCACCAAUACCAAGCAUACCAGAUUUCGAAGAAGAAAUCAAACCGACAAGAAAGACACAAACCACUGUAGAAUACAAAUACACAAGCCGGGAAUAUAAUGAAUAUACAGAUAUUAGUCAAAGCCCAACUUUUGACGACUUCCAAAGCACGCCAAACUACAAGAGCACUUUUGAUAACUCCUAUGAUCAGACAACGGGUUACAAGAGCCCUAUAGACUUCGAAGCAACGAAAAUAUCAAGUGACUUCGAGACUCAGAAGGCCCCAACCACUUCUUCAGUAUUCUAUAAGACUGACUAUGCUCAAACUACAUCCAACGAUCCUUACACUUUCGAUGCUCCCAAAAUUUCCACCAAUAGGUUUGAAGUCCCGAAGACAACCGCAUUCCCUAACACUGUGAACACAGCUAACACAGCGAAUCUAGGCUUUGUAAGGACGAAUGCAGAUGAUUACGGUUUCACUUCUACUUAUGAUUCUAAAGCAACUCCCACUAGUUUCGGUCCAAGGUCAUCGUCUUCCAACUUCCGCAACACAGUAACGAACCAAGACUUCGGUAGAACUACAAUCGGAGACGUGUUCGAUACACGAAGUGACUACGACUCCAAGAUUUCUACCUACCUUCCCAAAGCAACUGCGACCAACUUCCCAACAAAUACUGAAACUGUGAACACCUAUUUGGACACUUCGACAGAGUUUGCAUCAAAGACGUCCCCGACGUAUGUGCCGAAGUUCCCCUCAACAGACUACCAGAACACAAUCAGCCAGGAAUACGUGCAGUCGUCACUGAAUACUUUCGCAGCACCUACAGAAGUGAAUGCUCCCAAGAUUUCUACGUCAUUAGCUCCUCCUACUCCCACAAGAUACUUUGAGAGAACUACCUUCGCAGACACACCAACAGAUAAUUCGCCAAGAAUUUCGACUGCUUACAUUCCAAAGUCGACUGCAACGACCAAAAUCUCAAGAGGUGGAUCUAGAUACCUUCCGUCUUCAACAGAUGCUUCUACAGGGUACACUGGAGUCCAAAGGUCUUCCACUCCAAGGUACAGAACUGAGAAGCUGAUACCAGUUCCUGUGGACACUGGCUACUCCACUGUUGGUUACACUGGAUCCAGUCAGGAGCCCUCGUACUUCACCAGGGAAUACCUCCUGGAAUCGCCUGUUACCAAGACAUAUGAUGCUGAAUACCAAUACCUAUCAUCAGUCACCACACCACAGACGCCUGCCACUCAGCCAACAAGGAGAGUGAUCAGAAAGAAGCUCCAACGUAAGAUCUCGACCACUCUCCGGCCGACAGACCCACCAACACCUUCUUCCACUCCUACACCACGAAGGGUACCAUCCAAAGCACCUUUCGAGAAGAUCCCCAAAGGACCAAAGAAGGCGUACAGGCCGAUCGCAAACUAUGACUACUAUGAUGACAGCGAUGAGAAGGUCGCCGUCAAAUAUGUUGAAGGAACUAAGAUAGUGAUGAGAGAUGACGGCCGCAUCGAGUGUCUGGACAUCGGUAACUUCCCGCAUCCUAAAUCGUGCAAGAAAUUCAUCUCAUGCGCACGUAUAGAGAACGGCUCAUUAUUGGGCUGGGAGUACAUCUGUCCUAAAGGGUUGAGCUUCGAUCCCGUCGGAGGAAUCUGUAACUGGUCGGCAGGACUUGGGUGUGAUGAGAAAGACGUCUGAGAGUGGAUGAAGGAAAAAAUAGAAAAAGAAUGAAUUAGGAACAAAUUGAAAAAUUAAACGUUUAGUUGCGUUCAAGGAAUUUGAUUAUUUUGUAGGGACUGUCAACACAUGUUCUGUUUUUCUGAUUUUUUUUAAAUUAUUUUUCUUUGCAACUACAUAUUUAUGUGGACGAUUCCUGCAACUUCGAAAAAUGUGUCCCAAAAAAGUUCAACUAAUCUAAUUAACGCGUGUAAAUAAAUAAAAUUGUAGUUUUUAACUUAAUUUCUCAUUUUUCUUAUUAUUUCAGUCUAUGUUCUUCUUGAUAUUUUAUUUAUCUGUUAUAUUAAUGGUCACAAUAUUAUAAGAUAUCGAAAUUUUGUAUAAUCAAUGUGAUAUUAUACCCAGUAACGAUGACUGAACAAAAAUAAAUUAAAUCUUAUAAAUAAAAUUAUUUUAGGGAAGGAGUGUACCUAAGCAAGAUCUUCAUUAAUAAAAGUUUUAUUUUUGUAUACGUCAAUUUUAUUUUGACAAGUAAAAUUUGACACUUUCAAAUUUGACGUGUCGAAAUCAAAAUAAAUACUUUUUAUUUUAAUUUUUAGUAAAAUAUUCUUUCUUUUUACGAAAAUUCUUUAUACUCCUUGUAAUUAUAAUUCUAAGUCAAUUUUAUGGUACUUUUGUAUCGAUUUCUUACGAACACUGCCAAUAUUAUACUCUAAAUACCUAGAUAGUUCGUAAACGUGUGUAAAGGCAGAGCGAGAUCCUGAAUGUACCGCUGUUGUGGAAUUACAUACAUUUCAGAAUGUGCCUUAAUUAUUUUACAAUUUUAGUUUUAAGAUUAUUGAGACAAAUAAAAAAUAUUAUAAUUUUA